UCCAAACACACAAGGGUAAAGCGUAGUUGAGUCUUGGUUUUGGGAAUUAGAGGUCAUGGGCCCCGAUCACUCAGAACCCUGUUCCUCACUCUCCUCCCCUCCUGACCCUGACACAUGGUGAGUAAAGUCUACAGUAGACACUCUGGGGGUGGGAGUUGUCUAAGCUCUUACAAGUGCCUGGGAAGAACUGGAUAUUGAAGCCACUAGGGGACAUCUGGAUGUCUUUCCCCAGUACAUUUUCCCUAUUAAAAGGAGAUACGGGGAUUGUGAACUUUAACCUGUUCAAAUGUGGAUCUGGGCUCCCUCUCCAUGCAUGACUCAUUGGUACCUCUUGAAAUCCAAAGGCAAGCCUGGGCUCUAGAAUUGGGGGUCUGUGUGAGGAAUACAGCUAGAAACUGAAUCUAGAUUUGUGGUAAUAUCCUUUCUAUUCCGGGAUCCUUCAUUCCUCACAUCUGUUUAUGGGGAAAAAAUGAGUUUAGGGUUGUGGUUGGCUGAGCUAGAAUCUUGUGAUCUGCCACAAGCAUGGAUUUUGGGGAAGCAUUUGAGAUGAUCUUGUGACUGGACCUCAUUGGGGAUUUCAAUGAUGGAGAUGCACUACUCAUCAUAUCCUACCAUCUGAGAGUUUAGCAGUGGGGUCACGUGUGUCCUCCAGCCCACUAAUGUUGAUUCAUUGUCAGUGACUAGGUGCUAUAUUGGGUCGCUUGCUUUCUUUCCUUAAUGCUAUGUUGGGCAUUGAGCCUCAGGCUUCAUAAUAUUAGGCAAGUACACCACCACUGAGUUAUGUUCUCAAUCCUCUUUUUUUAACUUUUUAGUUUUAGACAGGAUCUCACUAAAUUACGUAGGCUAGGCUUGAACUUGUGAAUCUACUCUUAUUUAUCUAGAGACAGCGUAUCAAUGUAUAACCCUGGCUGGCUUCAGACUCACUCUGUAGACUGGUCUGGCCUAGACCUCACAGAGAACACCUGCCCCUGCUGCCCUGUGCCAGGGCUAAAGGUGUGCCUACAGCCAGCUGUGAUUUUUCCUUUAGCUUCCUGAGUGCCUACACCACCACAUACCCUCAAUUUUCUGGCCAUUUUUAAACCAUUUCACCCUGACUUUCUGCACAGCCAUAAUGGGUUAGGACAGCUGUUCCCUGCCCAGAAGCAGUAGCACUAGCCAGUAGUCACAAAAACUUUUAAAAUGUUUAAAUUGGAGCUCUAGAUGCCAUAUAUUACUCUUUUCUAGCCUUUGGUUUCCCCCCCCCCCCCAUGUGCACACAGACCCACAGACCGCUCUGUGCCCCCUGUCAUCUCAGAAGAGGAUCUGACAAAGUUGAACAUGGUUCCGGGUAAAGGGGCGGGCCAUGGCUGAAAGGAUAAAAAAAGAUGGAGUUCUCCAAUUAGACAUUUUGAGAAAGGGUAGAGACAGCUAGGGCUCUGUCCUUUCAUAUCCUCACCAAAGCCUCAAUUUGAAUAAUGCGCUGUCUUAUUUUUUACCCCCAAGAUGAAACUAAACACUUAUCAGCUCUCGGGAACGUGGUGCAGAUGUAAAUGUUGUUCAUCCUUCCUCCCUAACCCCCCUUCUCAUCCUAUCCCCGCCUCCCUCCCUUAUCCAAAUUUUCCAGCCACCGCUGGAGUUGACUUCCGCAAUCCUGAUGGAAUAAAUCUAGCACCCUUAGUCUUCUGCUCACAGUAACUACACUUCCCGUCUGAAAGGAGCCUAGACAUCAGAUUCUCAACAGCAGGAUGUGGGUGUUCAAGUUUCUGCUGCUACCUGUGUUGAGCUUUGCUCUCUACCCCGAGGAAAUGCUGGAUACCCAGUGGGAGCUAUGGAAGAAGACCCACAGGAAGCAGUAUAACAGCAAGGUGGAUGAAGUCUCACGGCGUUUAAUUUGGGAAAAAAACUUGAAGCAUAUUUCCAUCCAUAAUCUUGAGGCUUCUCUCGGUGUCCAUACAUAUGAACUGGCCAUGAAUCACUUGGGAGACAUGACCAGUGAAGAAGUGGUUCAGAAGAUGACUGGACUCAAGUUACCACCCUCUCACUCCCGCAGUAAUGACACUCUCUACAUCCCAGAGUGGGAAGGCAGAGCCCCAGACUCCAUCGACUAUAGAAAAAAAGGAUAUGUUACUCCGGUCAAAAAUCAGGGUGAUUGUGGUUCCUGUUGGGCCUUUAGCUCUGCGGGUGCCCUGGAGGGCCAGCUCAAGAAGAAGACUGGCAAACUCCUGACUCUGAGUCCUCAGAAUCUGGUGGAUUGUGUGUCUGAGAAUUACGGCUGUGGAGGAGGCUAUAUGACCACUGCCUUCCGAUAUGUGCAGACGAAUGGGGGUAUUGACUCUGAGGAUGCUUAUCCCUAUGUGGGCCAGGAUCAAAGUUGUAUGUACAACCCAACAGCAAAGGCAGCUAAAUGCAGAGGGUACAGAGAGAUCCCUGUGGGGGACGAGAAGGCCCUGAAGAGAGCAGUAGCUCGGGUGGGCCCCAUCUCUGUGUCCAUCGACGCCAGCUUGCCGUCUUUCCAGUUUUACAGCAGAGGUGUGUACUAUGAUGAGAAUUGCAACAGUGAUAAUGUGAACCACGCAGUGUUGGUGGUGGGCUAUGGCGUCCAGAAGGGAAGCAAGCAUUGGAUAAUCAAAAACAGCUGGGGAGAAAGCUGGGGAAACAAAGGAUAUGUUCUCUUGGCUCGGAAUAAAAACAACGCCUGUGGCGUCACCAGCCUGGCCAGCUUUCCCAAGAUGUGAUGCCAGCCAGCCGCCCAUUAUGCUCUCUCAGGCCUUCUUCGAUGGUGCCCUACGGCGGUGUGCUUUGGAAGGGAGUUGCCAAAGCACUCCUGAAGUGGACGUGUUGACACGAAGAUUGUUUAGUUUCUCCUUGUUGCUGCUCCCAGGGACACCUCUAACUUUCCUUCUUUCCGCCCCAGGCCCUUUUCUUUGUGGACACAAAAGGAAGUUCUCUGAGAGUUGUAGACUCUUAGGCUAAGAUAUCUGGUCACAGACUCACCUGAUGUUGCUGUUAGGGGACUGGUACUGUGCACAUAAACACUGGAGGUCUCCCGCAGGCUGGAGUGACCUUCCCAAGUCCCUGUCUUCCAUAUUCUCCAGUGCAGAUUUCUUCUGUUUUCCUCCGAGAUUCACAACCUAUUCAUAACUCUUUGACAAAUUUACACUCUACAAGAAAUGCAUGUUCUUUUCCUUCUUUGCAUUUUAAAUAAAAUCUCAUUUACGAUUUCACAAACAA